AUGGAGCCUGGGCAGUCAAGGCAAGGGUUCUUGCCUCGGCUAGAGGCGACGUUCCUCUCGAUAUUUCACCCUGUGGAUGGGCCCAAAGUGCUUUUUCAGAUGCCUGAGUAUACGUUUCAGGAUGCUCCGUCCGCGUCUGCAACCCCUGAUACGCUACCCACCCAGCGGCAGAAACUCAUGCUGGAUUUCAUCUCCAUGUCAGACUAUGUCAUCCCAAAAGGACCGCUGUGUGGACGUCUCAUCAAAUGGGUCGUAUCUUCGAAUGCGAGCGUCAAUGGCCGCCGUCGGAGCUAUAAAGUGCUGGGCCACCCGGUUCUCUUAGACGGUUCAGAGAAGUACGAGCGGAAUCACUUUAUCUUUAAUUUGUGCUUUGUAUUCACAGCCGAUUCGGAUGUACGCCCCUAUGAGCCCAUUGUGCGAAAGUGUGCGCGAUUGUUGCGACAACUGGAGAUUGAGGAAUCGUUCAUAUCGCGCAUGGACAAUCUACCGCGUCUGUAUGGGAUCGUCGAGCAGCUCUAUGAAGACUUGAAUGCCUAUUAUGAGUCUUUCAUUGCUCUUCCUGAAGCUGUGAGUGCUUCUAUUGACGGUCUUGAGGCUGUGAAGGCCAAGCGACGUGCGUCUGGCAACCUGACGCUGGUGGAUCCGCAGGAGCUGGAUACACUCAUCAGCCAGGCGUCUGGGCCGCUGGCAGAAGCACGGAAGAACAAGCUGGGAUCCCGGCACAACUCUAUCAAGCUGCCGCAAGAAAUCCAGGCCCUGACGGCCAUCCAUACUGUGGCGGGUGACAGCGAUGCUACUCUGAAACAAUCUACUGACGAGGAUGUGAUGGCCUCUCACACAUCGCGUACGGCUCAAUCUUCACAUUCGCCCCAGCUUUCUUCCGAAUCGCGACGUUCGCGUGACAAGUCGCCACAGCGGGGUAUGGGCCUACCGCAUGGUCUUGGUCGAACUGUGCGUGAUGCUAUCAAUCUGAAACUGUUUCCUACUCUACCGAAUCCUCAGCCUGUAAGCGACUGGGACGUGCCUGUCCUGUUGAUUGACUUGCGCAAGUUUGUGACGCCCGGGUGGGACUUGACAUUGGUCAAGCUCAUUCCGUACAUGGAUGGUGUGAACCAUAUUAAGCGCAUUGCGCAGUUGUCAGAUACCGACCUCACCUUGGUGCGUCAGACGGUGGAGCAUUUGCUGUACUACUACAUCGCGAUCAUCAUCGACAUCUUCCAAUUCUCGAAUAUAUAUGCCGUGAAGCCGCAGAUUGCGCGUUUGCUAGACGAGACUAAUAUGGGCACAGAAUGCGCGACCUAUGUGGCGAAACCUGGACAAGCGCCGCUGGCGGUCCCGAUCUUGUGGCGAAUGUAUUCCAUGCUUCGUCAUGGCCGAACAUUGCAUGAAUGGGUGGGCACAUUGGGUCAUCAUGCACACUGCGUAGAUGUUCGGCGGUUCAUUACGUUCGGUGUGAUCAAGGGCUUUAUCCGUCGGGUUCACCAAUACCCUAUCUUUUCUCCUUACGAACCAAAUACGGAAACUCCUACGGACGUGGAAGGGCUUGGACUCUCUUCGUCAGUGGGUGGGCCAGCCUUUGAGACGCCUGCUUCGACCUCAGCGCAUGGCCGCUCCAGUUUCUUCUCCACUAUGUUUGGCAUAUCCAACAUCACGACAGAGAGUCCUGGGGAAGCAGAUCCAGGCUAUACGCCUACUACGCCUACCUUCAUGGCACGUGGCAAAGAGUCACGAAGCUAUUUCCGAUUGCCACUCCGGCCGCUUUUACGACGCCCGACCGCGACAGCUGUGGACGUGGGUACCAUGGCCCAGAAUGCUAGUAUUGAGCUCUCGAAGGAGGAAGCUGCAGGUCCUUCGCGAGGCAUGCCACGAACGCAAUCCACAAACAGCGUCCGUGAAAAGCGUGUGCCAGCUGAUCUAGCUGACAUGCUGGAUGGGACGCAUUGUGAUGAUGCUCUCUGUGUCCACUUUGGCAUGUGCUGGCCGGAUUUGUACAAAAUGAUUUUACAGCUAGCCCAGCCAGAAUUGUGUUCUGCAGCUACGGACGAGUCUCUGCCCAGGCAUCCGUCUGAACAUCGAUGUCAUCAUGGCGUGCCAUCUGUCUCUGGCAUAUUCCGUAUGCAGUCUAAUGACUCGGACGGCAUGGAGCGAGUCCAUCGGUCGGCCUCUGUGAGUCCGCGACGCCCCCAAGCUGGUGGACAUGUAGCCAUUGUAGCGAUUUAA